UGUUCCAUUCCAUUCGGAGACCGAAGCGAAAAAGAAUGGGUUCGAUUGACGCACCAAUAGAAAACGGCUCCGCCCCUGCUCUCGGCGGCGGCGGCAAGCACCUUUCUUCCGGCAAUGGUCCGCUCCCGCCGGCGGAAGAAUCUGCUGGAUCUCAACAGGUGAGCACACCGGAGAAUGAGGAAUCCAGGAGGAGGAAAGGCGGCGUGCUGCCGCUGGAGGUCGGUACUCGGGUCAUGUGCCGGUGGCGGGACGGGAAGUAUCAUCCGGUCAAGGUCAUCGAACGACGCAGAAUGCAGAAUGGUGGACCCAACGAUUACGAGUACUACGUCCACUAUACAGAAUUCAAUAGAAGGCUUGAUGAGUGGGUAAAACUUGAACAGCUCGAUCUUGAUUCAGUGGAAACUGUUGUAGAUGAGAAGGUGGAGGAUAAGGUAACAAGCUUGAAAAUGACGCGCCAUCAGAAACGUAAAAUUGAUGAGACACAUGUAGAGGGUCAUGAGGAGCUUGAUGCUGCCAGCUUGCGUGAACAUGAAGAAUUCACAAAAGUUAAGAAUAUAGCGACUAUAGAACUUGGAAGAUAUGAAAUUGAGACAUGGUACUUUUCUCCCUUCCCACCAGAAUACAAUGACUCUUUGAAGCUGUACUUUUGUGAGUUUUGUCUCACUUUCAUGAAGCGAAAGGAGCAGCUUCAGAGGCAUAUGAGGAAAUGUGAUCUGAAGCAUCCCCCUGGUGAUGAGAUAUACCGAAGUGGAACUUUGUCAAUGUUUGAGGUUGACGGGAAAAAGAACAAGGUUUAUGGACAAAAUCUUUGCUAUCUGGCCAAAUUGUUUCUUGAUCACAAGACGCUCUAUUAUGAUGUUGACCUGUUCCUAUUUUAUGUGCUUUGUGAAUGUGAUGAUCGGGGAUGCCACAUGGUUGGCUACUUUUCAAAGGAAAAGCAUUCAGAGGAGUCCUAUAACCUAGCCUGCAUUCUCACUCUUCCUCCCUAUCAGAGGAAAGGCUAUGGGAAAUUCCUAAUUGCAUUCUCUUAUGAGCUUUCCAAGAAGGAAGGUAAAGUUGGCACACCUGAGAGACCCCUCUCAGACCUGGGGCUGCUAAGCUACAGAGGAUACUGGACGCGAGUUCUCUUAGAUAUUCUGAAAAAGCACAAGGGUAACAUAUCCAUCAAGGAGCUCAGCGACAUGACAGCCAUUAAGGCAGAGGAUAUCUUGAGCACGCUCCAGGGCUUAGAACUGAUCCAGUAUCGAAAAGGGCAGCAUGUCAUUUGUGCUGAUCCAAAGGUCUUGGAUCGCCAUCUAAAGGCUGCAGGCCGCGGUGGUCUUGAGGUAGAUGUCAGCAAAUUGAUAUGGACUCCUUAUAAAGAGCAAAGCUGAUGGUUGAAACCUUUUGUGUAUUUUCCUGUCGUUGGGCUCUAGUAUGACGUGACUAGACCUUCCUUGUAUAUACUUAAAAGAGGUAUUAUUGUAAGUAACUAGAACUGUAGAUCUCCAGGCCGUUGGUCCCUGGCUUAUAUUUUCAAGUUUCACAUGUACCAAGAAGUAGCCACCAGCAAUAUCUGUAGAUUAUAAAAUUAUGUUUUAAUUUUAUUUUGGCAAACUUCAAGAACUGUGCAUUCUUCUAAUAUUUAUGAGCCUAAAGGACAAUGAUGAUGUCCUUACCA